ACAGUCUCCUUGUUCUAUAUAUACCGCACUUGACUAGUUAUCUCCAUCUUGUGGUUAUAAUAUUCAUUCUCUUUCAUUGGUUUCUUUCAAUUUAAGAUGGGUGAAGUUGCUGAGAUAUGCUACACAAAUGGUAAUGGAUUCCCUACCAAAACCUGCAAUGGAAUUAUUGACCAUAACCUUGAUAAUCAAAAUGGCUCCUCCUCUGCCUGCUGGUAUGAAGAAGUCAUUGAUGAAGAUCUCAAAUGGUCCUUUGCACUCAACAGUGUACUGCAUAAAGGAAUCAGCGAGUAUCAGGAUAUAGCUCUUUUGGACACAAAGCGUUUUGGGAAGGUACUUGUGAUUGAUGGGAAGAUGCAGAGUGCAGAAGCCGACGAGUUUAUUUAUCAUGAAUGUUUAAUUCACCCUGCUCUCUUAUGUCACCCUAACCCUAAAACUGUUUUCAUAAUGGGAGGAGGAGAAGGGUCAGCUGCAAGGGAGGCUCUAAAACACAAGUCAAUAGAAAAACUAGUCAUGUGUGACAUUGAUCAGGAAGUUGUCAGAUUUUGUCGCAGACAUCUGACAGUAAACAAGGAAGCAUUUCGUAACAGCAAGCUUGAAUUAGUAAUCAAUGAUGCCAAGGCUGAAUUAGAGAAGAGGGAAGAGAAGUAUGAUGUCAUAGUUGGAGAUUUGGCUGACCCAGUUGAAGGGGGUCCUUGCUAUCAACUCUACACAGUUUCCUUCUAUGAGCGAAUACUCAAGCCCAGGCUUAAACCCAAUGGCAUCUUCGUCACUCAGGCUGGACCAGCAGGCAUAUUCACCCAUAAGGAGGUGUUCUCCUCUAUAUAUAAUACAAUUAAACAAGUUUUCAAGUAUGUGGUUGCAUACAGUGUUCAUGUGCCAUCUUUUGCAGACACAUGGGGAUGGGUCAUGGCAUCAGACCAACCAUUCUCUAUCAAUGCUGAAGAAAUUGACAGUAGAAUUGAGGGAAGAAUUGAUGGUGAAAUACUAUAUCUAGAUGGUGCUUCAUUCCUCUCCUCUGCCACCAUGAACAAGACUGUUUCUUUGUCGUUGUUGAAGGAAACUCAUGUCUACACUGAAGAAGGUGCAAGAUUUAUUCAUGGACAUGGAUUGGGCUUUCACAAUUGAGCCCAAGGGCUCAAUCAAUUUAGUGGGUUAGGGGGAAAUUGCUGUAAAAAGAACAAAAAAAAGCUUGGGCAGAUUGAAAUGAAUGUUUGAAAAUUAUCCAAAUAAAUAAAUCAGCAAUUCUUAAUUUUACUUUUCAUUCUAA